AGAUAGACAGACGGACAUACAACCGAGGAACACGGAAAACAAGGACCAACUUUCCAUAAAUUGCAUGCAAAAUUUUUUUUUCAGCAAUAAUUUUCUUGUUUCUUAAGUUAGCCUUAUCUAUCUCUACACUUUCACUCUCCAUCUAUAACUCUUUCCCAGUCUCUUUCCAAUUUUUAGAUGUAAAAAACAAAAAUAAAAAAUUUGUUUCAUAUAACUUCUUGAAUUACAAAAUUUAUCCGACCUUAUCUCCUUUUUUUAUCUUGGUUAUAAACAUUGUGCUUUCAAAACCAACCCAAAAACCCUUCUAAAACUCACUCUUUCUUGCUUUAUCUUCCCUUCUAAUUCUUUUUGGUUUUGAUGGAGGCCGUGCAAGGAAGCCGUUCGUUCUUUCAAACGAAAACAUUUGGGGCUCCAGUUUCACGGUCACCGGAAAGUUAUCUACCUCUUUAUCAUAACCUAGAACCUGUAUUUGCAGAAACUUCCGUACAAUACAACCUUUUUGAAGAGAACCCUUUUGAUCAAGCCCUAGAAUCAGGCUUUUCUCGUCUCAAUGUGUCAACGAAGAAGAACCAAGAGUUUCGCUAUCCGAGUGUUGUUGGUGGUGAAUUAUUUGAGGGGUCCGGGUAUGGGUUUGGUGGUGGGUUGGCGAGAACAGAACUAGAGAGAAACAAUGUUGUUGUUGAGGGUCUGAAUGUGGGUUUUGAUGGGGUGAUGAGGAUGGGCCCAGAUAUUGAUAGUUGGGAUACUGUCAUGUCUAGUUCGCAUCAGCCGUCCAAUUUAAAUAGAAAUUGGUAUUUGUUUGAUUCAAGAAGAAAUGAACUUUUCAACGAAUUCUCAAUGGUACCCUCUUUCAAUCCAAAUGGAUUGGCGGCUGCUGCUGCUGGUGCCGGUUGCUCAAGGGCUUCUUGUUCAAACAACAAGAAUAAUAACAAUAAUAAUAAUAAUCAGACUAACAAUUGUUUUAGGAGGCAUCAUUGGUUACAAGAGCCUUUGAAUUUUUUGAGUCUAAGUGAUUUGAGAGGUAGGUUUGUGUCCUUAGCAAAAGAUCAAUAUAGUUGUAGGUUUUUACAAAGGGUUAUUGGUGGAGCUUCAAAGGAGGAAAUUGAUAUGAUUUUCAUGGAGAUUAUUCAUCAUGUUGGUGAGUUGAUGUUGGACCCUUUUGCGAAUUAUGUUGUUCAAAAAGUUGUGGAUGUUUGUAGUGAGGAACAGAGAAGUCAGAUUCUUUUAAUGGUUGUUAAGGAUGGUUUUCAACUUGUUAACAUUUGUCUCAAUGUUCAUGGGACUCGUGCUGUACAGAAAUUGUUGGAGAAACUUACUACUCAACAGCAAAUCUCGUUAGUUAUGUCAGCUCUAAGCCCUGGCGCUGUUGCAUUGACCAAGGACAUGAAUGGUCAUCAUGUGAUCCAGUACUGCUUGAAAAAUUUCUCUUAUGAAGAUAAUAAGUAUCUUCUGAAUGAGGUGGCGGAUAACUGUUAUCAAAUUGCAACAGACAAAAGUGGAUGUUUUGCACUGCAGCAAAGUGUUGACCACUCUAAAGGAGAGGCAAGAGCGCUUCUAGUUCGAGAGAUAAUGGCAAAUGCUCUACACCUAGCCGAAGAUCAAUAUGGAAACUAUGUGGUUCAACAUAUACUGGGACUGAAAGAGCCACAAAUAACAGAAAGUCUUCUGAGACAGCUUGAAGGGAAUUUUGCAUCUCUUUCCUGGAAUAGGUAUGGAAGCAAUGUUGUGGAGAAGUGCUUGGUGGAAUCAGGAGAACAGCAGUCAACAAGAAUUAUAAUGGAGUUGCUUAGUAGUCCCAUCGUGUCAAUGCUUCUUGUGGAUCCUUUUGGAAACUAUGUUAUGCAAACAGCUUUGUCAGUGUCUAAGGGAUUUGUUUACCAUGCUUUGCUGAAUCUGGUGCGGGUAAACUCUCCAAUGAUGCGCAGCCAUAAUUAUGGAAAAUGGGUACUCGCCUGGUUGGACAAGAGAAAGCUGCUACACAUGUAAACUUACAAAAUUACAAAGCAUAACAUGAAGAGAUAUCCUAAUAAGAGAUUUUCACUAUAAAUAUCUCAUUCAUAUGGAUAGAAUUAGGAUUUUGUGUGCCGAGUUUAUAACUGAUCUGAUCAAUCAUUGUGUAGGAUUAUUGUUGGUGCUUGUUGUGUGUAUUUAUGUAUUUUUUAUUGGGAUAUUUGAUAGCGGUGGCCAUGGAUACUCUGCAGUUGGAUACAGACUAACAUGAAAAGUUGAGGUAUAAUCAUUCUUUAGGGGAUUCGAAAAUGGAAUACACCAUAUUUGAGGUUUUUUUCGCUUGUGUUUUGUCCACACCAUACUUCUAAUCACUUCCUUUUAUGCGGGCAUUGAUUUACUUGUAUUAUUUGAAUUCUUUUUUUU